UGCCGUCCCCCCGCGGAGGAAGGACGGGCUGCAAGAUGGCGGCGCCGGAGGAGCGGCUCGUGUCGGAGGGCGAAGGCGGCGCCCCGGGCUCGGCGCGGCUCUCCCCGGCCCCGCUGCCGGAGGCCGCCGAGCCGCUGGCGCCCAUGGAGCCGCCGCCUCAGAGCAACACGCUCAUGGGGCUGCCCAUCGUGGCUAUCGAGAGCAUCCUCAGCUUCCUGUCCUACGAUGAGACGAGCCAGCUGCGCUUGGUUUGUAAGCGAAUGGACUUGGUUUGCCAGAGAAUGUUAAAUCAGGGAUUUCUGAAAGUGGAAAGAUACCACAACUUGUGUCAAAAGCAAGUUAAAGCUCAACUUCCAAGACGGGAGUCAGAAAGGAGAAACCAUUCAUUAGCUCGCCAUGCAGACAUCCUUGCUGCUGUGGAAACAAGACUCUCUCUCCUAAAUAUGACUUUCAUGAAGUAUGUGGAUUCCAAUCUCUGUUGCUUCAUACCUGGAAAGGUAAUAGAUGAAAUUUAUCGAGUGCUAAGAUAUGUAAACUCUACAAGAGCUCCUCAGAGAGCUCAUGAAGUUCUUCAAGAACUAAGGGACAUUUCCUCCAUGGCUAUGGAAUAUUUUGAUGAGAAGAUUGUUCCAAUACUGAAAAGAAAGAUGCCUGGGUCAGAUGUAUCGGGACGUCUAAUAGGAACUGCCCCAGUUCCAGGGCCUUCUGCAGCACUGACCACAAUGCAGCUGUUCUCCAAGCAGAGUCCUUCCAGGCAGGAGGUCACCAAGCUGCAGCAGCAGGUGAAAGCCAACGGCACGGGCCUGACGGCGCUGAAGCGGGAGAUCUCGGAGCUGCGCGUCAAGGUGCAGGAGCAGCAGAAGCAGCUCCAGGAUCAAGACCAGAAACUGCUUGAGCAAACCCAAAUCAUUGGGGAACAGAACGCCCGCUUGGCCGAGCUGGAGCGCAAGCUGCGGGAGGUGAUGGAGAGCACAGUAGGGAAUUCUUCAGGUUCCGGCUCAAAUGAACAAUCUCCCAGGAAAAGGAGGAAGGCGGUGGAUUCCACAGACUGUCCUAGGAAAUCUAAACGCCUUCGGAACAGAAAAUAACUGGGGAGGAAAUGGCGCCUUCAGGAGGAUACACUGCUCUAGUAGCCCAAGCAGGCCUGCUUGUGUGGGUACUGUGACCAGCUUCAUGGUGUCACUUAGGCUGCUGGCUCUUCAAAACACCACUUAGACUUGAACAGUGAUUUUCUUUCAUUGACUUUUCCCCUGCUUUCUAUAUGGGUGGGCCUAAUGCACAGAAUCUUUAAGAUUUGCAAUAGCUACAUACUAACCAGACCUGCUCUGUUAUGUUUUGAAGGGUUAACCUUUUUUUUUUGUGCAGAUGUGUUUUAAAGUAAACUUAUUUGUGUUUAUGCAUAUGUUCACAUGAAAUCUUAAAUAAAUUGUCUUAACUGACUAAAUGGUUAAGA